AUGGAGCAAUUAAAAGCAUUGACAAAAGGGCGCGCCAGACUCAAGGCCAAUAUCACACGGAGCUUGGCUUGGUCUGAGGACGCGCAACAUUCGAAUGCCACACGGGCAGAGGUGUCUUCGCGGCUGAAGCAUCUCGACACAACAUGGAAAGAAUUCACAAGAUUUGGUGAUGAAAUAGCUAUGCUAGACGAAGUAGAUGGCUAUGUGGAUCCGGAGCAUGACAACAUAUUCUACGAGGAAAAAUAUCUAAGGGCAGAUGCAUUACUUUCGGCGAUGUUUAUGAAGCUGCCAACAACAACCAGGUCGGAUACAACAACAUUACGGAAGGUGUCAGACGGCGCCAAUGAAAUAGUGCGUGGUUUCUUGGAUAUGUCAGCAGGACAGAGGUUUUCGUUUGCCAAGGAAAACGCUCUAUGUUACAAUUGUCUGAAUCCUGGUCAUGGGGUCAGAAAAUGCAAAUCUACGUUCAAGUGCAGACAAUGUAAAGGUCAGCAUCACUCACUGUUGCACCUGCAACGCACGCAACAGGCUAUUGGAACAAUCUCUCAAACUGGUGAGGAUCAGGAGGAUCCUAGCGCACACAUCUCAACGGCGACUACGAGUCACAUCGCACAAGCAGAAGGUUCUGCAGCAAUUGUAUGUGCACAAGGCAGUGCAAAUUCACAACAAUCAACUGGAUGGAACAGGAGCACCUUGCCUACAGCCAUGGUAAACGUUCGCAACGCAAAUGGAGAUUUGGUAGCAUGCCGACUCCUAUUGGACACGGGUUCAGAAUUGUCGUACAUAUCUGAACGCUGUAUACAAACACUUGGUUUGGCUCGUACGCCAUCACGCAUACUGGUUACGGGAAUUUCAUCAAUCAAAGCAGACACUACAAGGGGAUGCAUCACUAUAAGCAUCCAGUCCCGUAUUUCGCAAGAUCAGCUGGUAGUCCAGGCUCAUGUGCUUGGAAAAAUUACGUCAUCAUUGGAAAGGCAGGCCAUCGACGCGUCUGCACUUCGAGUUUUCAACGAUCUGCAAUUGGCAGAUUCACAAUUUAGCACAAAUGCUCCAAUUGACAUUCUUUUGGGCAGCGAACACGUUUGGAGUGUUAUAACUGGAAGAAAAAUCUACGACGACAAAGGAAAGCUCAUUGCUAUAUCAUCAAUUUUCGGAUGGGUAAUUACAUCACUGCUUUCAUCACGCGCAUGCAGCGCUACGGCAUUUACAACAACAAUAGACAUCGAUGCUUAUCUCAGAAGGUUCUGGGAACUGGAAAGCAUACAACGCAAAGCAGAAGUUCAACCUGAAGACGAGGAGGUGGAGAAACACUUUCUUGCAACACACACUCGAGACAAACAAGGCAAGUACAUCGUGGAACUUCCUUUUAAAGUAUCCGAAACACAAUUCGCAGAUACACUUCAAGGAGCGCUGCAGAGGUUCAAAUCAGUUGAACGACGUUUGGCACAAAAUCAUCAAUUACGUAACGACUACGUGAAGUUCAUGAGGGAAUACCAGGAGCUAGGACAUAUGCGAGAAAUCUCACCGAGCGAAAUUCCCAAGGGUAGGAAUUUCUACUUGCCACAUCAUCCCGUAUUGGGUCGGAAACUUAGAGUGGUUUUCGACGGCUCAUAUCAAGACGCCAAAGGCAUGGCAUUAAACGACACGCUCUCGAUCGGACCGAGUAUUCAGCGAGACCUAUUUGCUGUGUGCUUGCGAUUCCGUAUGUACAAAUACGUCUUUUCAGCGGACAUAGUCAAGAUGUUCCGUCAAAUAUGGGGGAGCGAAAAACAUAGAGACUAUCAAAGAAUCGUAUGGAGAGAGGAUCCCUCAGAUCCUAUCAAGCACUUCCAACUAUGCACGGUGACGUAUGGAACAUCAUGCGCACCAUUUGUAGCAGUCAGAGUGCUAGAGCAACUAGCUGCUGACCAUAAGCACGAGUUUCCGAACGCAGCAAAAAUCGUGUUGGAGGACUUCUAUGUCGACGACGUUCUCACUGGAGCAAAUAGUGAGGAUGAGCUGCUACGCAACAGGGACGAACUGGUCCAACUGAUGUCCUGUGCUAACCUAGAGCUCGGGAAAUGGGUAUCGAAUACCAAACGCAUCAAAUCGGAGGAUAACACGGAUUCCUCACAAUCACCAGUCAAAGUGCUAGGGCUGCAUUGGCACCCUGGAGAGGACACAUUGUCGUGCAAUGUAAACCUAUCGAAAGACCCUCGCUGCACCAAGAGGCAAGUGUUGUCGGAUGUCUCACGUAUAUUCGACCCUCUCUGUCUAUUAGCACCAAUCGUAGUUCAAUUCAAAAUACUAUUUCAAAUACUCUGGCUGUUGAAUUUGAAUUGGGACGACGAACUACCGAGCAAACUAGCAAACAACUGGCUCAAAUGGCGAGCUGAUCUGGACAACCUUCACAAGCUCCAGAUACCGCGCUUAGUUAAAAGCGACAAACAGAGAAUCGAAUUGCACGGAUUUUCAGAUGCGUCCACCAAGGCGUACUCAGCAGUGGUAUACAGCCGAGUGGUCAACGACGAUGGAACCAUUUCGGUCGCCAUACUUGCUGCAAAAACAAGAGUGGCACCUUUGAAGCAGCAGUCUUUGCCGCGCCUGGAACUAUGUGGCGCACUUCUAUUGAGUCAACUUCUGCAAUCCAUAAAAGCUGGACUAAUGAACAACGACGUAACGAUCUACGCAUGGAGUGAUUCGACGAUAGUCCUGUCAUGGUUAUCGUAUUUACCAGCCCAACUCAAUACGUUUGUUGGGAACCGCACUUCAGAAAUCCUCGAAACCAUCCCGAAGCAUGCAUGGCGGCAUGUAGACUCAAAAUCGAACCCAGCGGAUUGCGCAUCCCGUGGCUUGGGAGUAUCCGAGCUCAUUGACUUCCAAUUAUGGUGGAAGGGUCCUUCAUGGCCGAGGGACAAGGAACAAUUCUUGGAAAGGUUGAACAAUACUCAUAAUUGUACUUCUCUUUCAGACAAACGCAUACAAGACGAAGUCAAAACUACCUGCCUAGCUGCGCAGACGAAUGUCACGACGGACAACCCAUGGGAUAAGCUUCUCAAUCGCAACUCAUCUUGGCUGAAGCUUAUACACACACUUGCUUACGUUUUGCGCUUCAUUCAUCGCAUGAAGCACCCAUCUUCGAAACAAAUAUCGAAUUCUCUAACAUUCGAUGAGAUCAAGGCAGCAAGGAUCCGAUGGCUGCAACACGCUCAAGCUGGUUUUCAACAGGAGAUCCAAUUACUACGCGCAAACAAGGCUCUAGGGAACCAAUCUCAAUUGGUCAAGAUCUCACCAAUCAUCGACAAGGACAACCUGCUAAGAGUAGGUGGACGAAUCCAACCUUUGCGGUUGUCAGCAGAGGCGAAGCAUCAGCAGCGUCCUAAGUGGACCACGACAACCCCUAACAUUUCGAUCGGCAGCGUUGCGCUCGUCAAGGAGUUCAACACACCACCAGCAUUAUGGCAUCUAGCGAAGGUGAUCGGCUCUUUCCAAGGAAAGGACAAUAUGGUUCAAGCAGUCAGGAUCAUCCGGCUCAAAACCCGGCCAAUAACGAAAAUUGCGAAACUACUCAGUUCAGAAACCGUGUUUCAGGAUCCAGAACUGGCCACAAAAACGGUGGGCUUUCCUCUUGGACUUUUCCGCCCCUGGAACUACGCUCCUCGUUCGCCGAUUAUUUCCACUUAA